AUGCGUCCCUCUCUCCUCUCGAUCUUGUACUUCGCAUCAGUGGUCACUGCAUGGCCUUGGAUCGCCAAUGUGCCUGGAGUUGACCUGUCUGCAAUCCACGCACACCCCGAGAACUUCGCAAAACAGCGUCGCCAAACCGGAGGUCUAGACCCCACAUGUCCUUUCAAUGCUGAUCACCCUGGAGCUGCACCUUUCGAUGUGAGAUUUCCUUACACAGGCUCUAUCGAUGGGCUUCCAGGUACUGGCAUUGGCGGCGUCCAAGUCCCAGCACCAGGCGAUACGGCUCAUGAGUUCACACCCCCUGGGCCAAAUGACAUUCGAGGUCCUUGUCCUGGCAUGAACACGGCUGCCAAUCAUAACUUCCUGUCGCAUGAUGGAGUCACAAACCUCGCGGAACUCGUCUCUGCUCAACAAAAUCUUUACAAUCUUGCUUUUGAUCUCGCCACCUUCAUCGCAGUCCGCGGCAUUGCGUUGGACGGAGACGUUGCCACAACAAAGCUCAGUAUCGGCUGCGACGCAACGGAGCGUACUUCCAUCGACCCCACCGGCACCCUAGGACGCGAGCCAGGCCUUGAUGCACACAACAAAUUCGAAGGCGACACCUCGCUCACCCGCCGCGACUACUUCCUCAACAACGGCGACGCCUUCACCUUCCAAGGCGACAUGUUCGCUGACAUGUACCGCGUUGCCAACGAGACUUCAAACGGACUUUUCGACCGCGACACCAUCGCAGUGUAUCGCAGCCAGCGGUACGAUGAGUCACUCGCCUCGAACCCAAACUUCUACUUCGGCCCCAAGGCCCUCCUCCUCUACGGCGCAGCAAGCUUCAUCUACGAAGUCUUCCCCGUGUUCGGCCCCGAAGGCGACGCAAACAUCGACACAGUCUCCACCUUCUACGGCGCCGUACCCAACAGCGCCGGCACCUACGACCACGUCCCCGAGCGCAUCCCCGAGAACUGGUCCAACCGCCGCACAGCCUACGGUCUUGUAGAAAUCGGCGCCGAAAUCGCGUACCAGUACUCCUAUGCACCCAAGCUGAUCGGCGGAAACGUUGGUGCGGGUAACUUCUUAGCGCUGAACUCGACGUUUGGCAUUAUUGAGAAUGGGACUAUCCCCAGCGAUGCGACGGCUGCGGAUUUCACGUGCUUGCUGUAUCAGUUGGCGACGGACAAUGUGCCGGGGACGGUGGGGAACGAGGCGGAUAUACCGCUUGAUGUGUUGGCGUGGGUGUUGACACAGUUGAAUCCGGUCUUUGAGAAUCUGGGGUGUCCGUUGAAACUUUCUUGA